AUGCCUCGGGUCAGCGUCAGGUGGACGGUGGUCCUGCUGCUGAUCCUCGGGGUCUUCGGCUCCUUCCUCUUCUGCGAGUAUCUCAUCUACUUCCCGGCCAUCCUGCAGUGCUCCUGGCCGAGGAGCAUCACCCAGGCUCCUCGGGACCCGGUGGACCCGGUGGACCCGGUGCGCGCCAUGGUGCUGUCGGACACGCACCUCCUGGGAGCCGUGGGGGGGCACUGGUUCGACAAGCUCAGGAGGGAAUGGCAGAUGGAGCGAGCGUUCCAGACCGCGCUGUGGCUGCUCAGGCCCGAGGUGGUCUUCAUCCUGGGGGACAUCUUCGACGAGGGCAAGUGGAGCUCCCAGCAGCACUGGGAGGAGGACGUGCGCCGCUUCCACAGGAUGUUCAGACACUCCACUGACACAGAACUGGUUGUACUCGUUGGGAACCACGACAUCGGGUUCCAUUAUGAGAUGGACUGGUUCAAGCUGCAGCGCUUCGAGAAGGUCUUCAACGCCUCGUCCACCAGGGUCGUCACCAAGAGGGGAGUGAACUUCCUGCUGGUGAACAGCGUGGCCCUGCACGGAGACGGCUGUCCCAUCUGCCAGUCGGUGGAGAAGGAGCUGAUCAAACUCUCCAGGGACCUGAACUGCUCUCUGCAGAGCUCGCAGCCCGGCAGCGGAGGGACGGACGGAUGUGAAGGUUCGCAGCUCUAUCCUCCCACGCCCCCCGUCAUGUUACAGCACUAUCCCCUGUUCAGGGUGAGCGACGCCGCCUGCACGGGACAGGACGCUGCACCGUCCGCAGAGCGCCACCUGCUGUUCCGAGAGAAGUACGACGUGCUGUCGAAGGAGGCCUCGCACAAGCUGCUGCAGUGGUUCAAGCCGCGCCUCAUCCUCAGCGGACACACCCACAGCGGAUGCGAGGUUCUCCACGACAACAAGUACCCAGAAGUCAGCGUGCCGUCCUUCAGCUGGAGGAACAGGAACAACCCCAGCUUCAUCCUGGCGUCGGUGUCACCGGGCAGCUACGCUCUGUCCAAGUGUUUCCUGCCGGAGGAGAGCACGGUGAUCGGCGUGUACUGCUCGGCCGGCGCCUGCAUGCUGCUGCUCUUCCUGGCGCACUGCCUGUGGAUGAAGGGCCUGCUGCAGUGCCUCAGCCUCUUCCUGCUGGGGAAGCACAAGUCUCUGUGA